AUGUCUUUGAAAAUACAUGCCUGGUCAGUGCUGCUGUUGGCAUCGUUCGCUUCGGCUGAGCAUAAGUGUGUUUGGGUACACGGUGCAGUACGUUGCCAUAAAGAUCCGUCCAGAAAUCUAAACGUAGAAGUACGUGUUUAUGAUCGAGAUGGACUUUCGAUCGCGAAACUUGUUGAUCCGGAUGACUUGAUGGGGUUCGUUCUUGAAUUCUUCGUAGUGACUUGA